AUGAAACCGAGAACGCUGCACCACGCCCCCGAAGCCCCGAUUAAGUUUCAUGUUGUCGAGGACAUCACCCUGACAACGUGGAACGGAACCAUUUUCGGACCUAUUGACACAGCCUUUGACAACCGCAUCUACUCCCUACAAAUUGUUUGUGGACAGAACUAUCCAGAUGUCCUGCCAGAAGUACGCUUUACCGCGGGCAUCAACAUGAAUUGCGUCGAAUCGGACGGGACCGUCAAGCCCACUUGGGGCGUCUUAGGCAGUUGGAAAAGAGAGUAUACCAUCGAGACCGUCCUGGACGCACUCCGCCGGGAGAUGUGCAGCCCUGCAAACCGCCAUUUGACCCAGCCGGAUACGGCGCCUCCCGCACCAAACAGCUGA